CUGGUUUGUGCCAACCGGCUCCGCAUUUCCCGCUGCCGCUGCCUCCCAGUCGCGCCACUUGAACCCACCUCGUUGUCAUAGAGUAACCCGGCGUGUCCCGCGGUCCCGACUGGAAAGUGACUCUCUCACAGCCCGAAAUAGAAACUGUAGCUUCGCUCGUGGUGCGUCACUAAUGGUGUAUCGGUGCUCCAGUGGACGUCUCUACUUUGAGUACGGAACUUGGGCGUUGCCUCGACCGACGGUAUGAGCGCGAUUAUGGUCGCAGUUUCCUACACAGUUCCUACUUGCUCCCUGAUGCAGACCUCGAGACAAAACGCGUCAAUCUGAGGCUCGUCGCGGCGUGACUAGUAGCUGUUCUCGGGCACGCUCGGCCUUCGUGUCAAAUUUUAGACCUUUCGAGGGCUUAGUAGUGGUAAUAACGAGUAGCCGAUGAGCACCAAUAUCGAGCUCCUAGUCUAGCCGUACAAACGAGUAGCCUAGCCUGUGAGUAUGCCAGUAGCAUGUGAUAUCUAUGAGCUCCAACACGUAGGUAAUUCAAUUCGCAUGUGUAUUGCUACCGUAGCACCCAUGGCGAUUACGCCCUAAGAUCAGCUAAGUGAUUCUGCUGAAGCAGGCCGAUAACGCUUUAGCUUCGCGACACGUCCCUUCUACGUGAUUCGCCUGUCUUCCACUUCUUUUCGACCUGUAAACGAGACGUAUCAGUGGCGGACGGUUCUUUUGAGUCGACUCAAAAGACAUAUCAGUGGCAGACGGUUCGCGAUUGACGGACAGCGGACGGUUUGAGUGGCUGACGGAGAUCAUUACUGACGGAAAUUGUCUGACGGAAAUAGUAUUUUCCGCGGGAGCGAAAGCAGCGUUUGACACUGUUCCCGACGGAUUAUGGCGCCCCGAGACCUCCGCUCAUUCUCCCGUAAACUCUACCUUAUUUUCCUCCUGCUCUGCGUAUUUUGCGCCGCAUCUUCCGCUGGAGUUCCCGGAAAAGCGCCCGCAAGUGCUCCCGCCCCAUCUCCCAGCGACGAGAUAAUUCCAGAUGUCCCCGGUAUAGACUACUCCGUUAAUAUCACGCUUCCGGUCGUUUCAGGCACAUCAGGGGAUCCCGUGGGUCCUCCCAUUUGUUUUCGCCAAGGGCCGUCGCCGCACCCGGUUCCAAUCCCUUGUGGCGACAACCUCUCGCGAACAGUCGCGUCGCAAGGGGCGUCCCUCGCCAGCGUGCGAGUCGCAUCCAGCGGUGGUUCGAGUCGGCCCCUAACAGAGAGUUCCACGCCGAACCUCACUCCCGCUACUGAGCUCUUCGAUAUAUGCACUGGAGCAGGCUCCGCGUCAGUGACGCUGAACCCACGUUGGCGGAACAAGUGGCGAGGCUGGGGCACCUCCCUCUGCUGGCUAGGAAAUUUCGUGGGAGGCUUCCCUGAUGCCCACUUCAACCCUCUCAUGGACCUCCUAUUCUCCCCAUCUGGUCUAAACCUCAACAUAGUCCGCUACAACAUAGGAGGCGGCAACAACGCUACCAACAGCCCCCAGUUUCAAACCGACAAUCUCAAAUGGCGGGGCAUGCCGGGCUUCAAGGCCACGGAGACAGCGGCCUACGACUGGUCAGCGGAUGAUAGGCAGCGGAAAGUUUUGCUUGCUGCCCGGGCGCGGGGGGCAGACACGUUUGAAGCCUUUGCCAACAGCCCGCCCUGGUGGAUGACCGUAUCUGGGGAUGUUGCUGGGGCGGCCAAAUGGGGCGAGGGGAAUCUGAAGGAGGAGCACGAGGAUUCUUUUGCAGAUUUUCUGACGGAUGUGGUACAGAAAUUCGCUACAGAUAAAACCUGGGGCAAGGGUAUUGUAUUUGAGACCGUGGAGCCUUUCAAUGAGGCUUUGGAGGGGUGGUGGAGGAAAGGGGGAGGGCAGGAAGGGUGUAACAUCGGCAUUGAUCAGAUGAGGCGCGUUCUACAGAAGACCCAAGCUGCUCUUCAAAGGAAGCAGCUUAAAACGAAGAUUGCUGCUGUGGACAGCUUUGUGGAGCGCACUCCGCAAACCGUUUCGGCGUUGGACUCGUAUGUAAGCCGCUACAACGUGCAUGGUUACAUGAGCCUGGCGAAAAACGGGUCGGAUCCGGUCGCGUGGACGAGCAAAACCUUUCGCGAUAUGAAAGUGGCAGCAAAGGGGGUGACAAAGCCGGUGUGGAUUUCGGAAUGGGGGCCUCUGAGUCGAGACGGGGAUGAUAUGGGCGUGGCACUGUACAUGGCAAGAUCCAUUAUUGCGUCGCUAAACAUUUUAGAAGCUUCUGGGUGGGUGUAUUGGCAAGCGAUGGACCCGUCAUCGACCUGGGGGCUGAUCAAUAUUGACUGGUCGAAAACGCCGGACUCGUCUACAGUGUACACUCCGCCGACGGUCUCCAAGAAGUUUUGGAUCAUGAAGCAUUUUACGAGUCUUGCUCCUCCAGGCAGCAGGAGGCUGGUGCUCAACAAGGUGGCGUGUAACUACGGGAUUGCAGCUUUCUACAUGCCUAAAAAGAGGCUGAUCAGCGUGUUUGUGGUGAAUCAGAAGGCAACUUCGAGGAAGGUGAAGAUUUUCCUCACUUUGUGGUUUCAGAAGAAUGUCGGUGGCACGUCGAAGGUGCUCUCGUGGAGGACGUCUUACUCAGAGGACUUCGUACAAGUCGACUACAAAGGACUACCUAUACGUUUCCAAAUCCCUGGUAGGUCUUUCGCCUCAUUUGCAAUCACUCAUGUGAGGCCCCUAAUGAAUAUCAAUCUGCCAUGAUAGAUGCCUUCGUGAUUUGGCAAGGAGGUUUUUUGUAUGUAAUUGUUUGUUUUGAUUUUAGUGGAUUGAG